AUGAUUCCCCUGCUGGGUGUCACGUGGCUAUUCGGUCUCCUCUCGCAACAUAAAGCUUUCGCUUACAUCUUCACCAUACGUAACUCUUCUCAGGGUUUCCUGAUUUUCACUCUACACUGCAUGCGAAACACUCAGAUCAGAGAGCGAUUCAAAAGAAAGAUGAACAUCGUUUUUCGAUCUUCUAUAAAGAGCAACUCCACAAGGAAGAGCUCACAGGUCAAUCCAAGUGAGGAUGGGGAUGUAUGGGCAGUUAAAUUGCAGUCUUGUGCUCAGUUUUAAUCGAAAUCGCACCUAACUUAAAUAACUGGAUCCAGCCAACCGGAAAUGACAGUCAAUUACUUAUCGCAAUCACUUAGUAAACAGCAAUAAGUCGGUUACGAUCGAUCUGACUUGUGAUCUGCAGCUAAAAAGAGGUCUUUCUUUUCAUAAUUG